UCUCCUCUUUCCAUCCUCUCAUACCCUUUUUGAUACACCUCUCAUACCUCUUCCUUUUCUCCUUAUACCAUCAUAAUCAGCAACCAUGGCUGCUCCCGCCCACAAGUUCAAGGUCGCCGACAUCUCCCUGGCCGCCUUCGGUCGCCGCGAGAUCGAGCUCGCCGAGAUUGAGAUGCCCGGUCUGAUGGCCAUCCGUCGCAGAUACGCCGCUGAUCAGCCUCUCGCCGGUGCCCGCAUUGCUGGUUGUCUUCACAUGACCAUCCAGACUGCUGUCCUCAUCGAGACCCUCGUUGCCCUUGGUGCCGAGGUUACCUGGACCAGCUGCAACAUCUUCUCCACCCAGGACCACGCCGCCGCCGCCAUCGCCGCCGCUGGUGUCCCUGUCUUCGCCUGGAAGGGUGAGACCGAUGCGGAGUACGACUGGUGCUUGGAGCAGCAGCUCUCUGCCUUCAAGGAUGGCAAGAAGCUCAACCUCAUCCUUGACGACGGUGGUGACCUGACCUCCCUCGUCCACGAGAAGUACCCUGAGCAGCUCAAGGACUGCUUCGGUGUCUCCGAGGAGACCACCACUGGUGUUCACCACCUCUACAAGAUGAUGAAGGAGAACAAGCUCCUCGUCCCCGCCAUCAACGUCAAUGACUCCGUCACCAAGUCCAAGUUCGACAACCUCUACGGUUGCCGUGAGUCCCUCAUUGACGGUAUCAAGCGUGCUACCGACGUCAUGAUUGCCGGAAAGGUCGCCGUUGUUGCCGGCUACGGUGACGUCGGCAAGGGCUGUGCCCAGGCUCUCCACAGCAUGGGUGCCCGUGUCCUGGUCACCGAGAUUGACCCCAUCAACGCUCUCCAGGCCGCUGUCCAGGGCUUCGAGGUCACCACCAUGGAGAAGGCCGCUCCCCUUGGUCAGAUCUUCGUCACCACCACCGGUUGCCGUGACAUCCUCGUUGGCAAGCACUUCGAGGUCAUGCGCAACGAUGCUAUCGUCUGCAACAUCGGUCACUUCGACAUCGAGAUUGACGUUGCCUGGCUCAAGGCUAACGCCAAGUCCGUUCAGAACAUCAAGCCCCAGGUUGACCGUUACCUGAUGGCCAACGGCCGCCACAUCAUCCUCCUUGCUGAGGGUCGUCUUGUCAACCUUGGCUGUGCCACCGGUCACUCUUCCUUCGUCAUGUCCUGCUCCUUCUCCAACCAGGUCCUUGCCCAGAUCGCCCUCUACAAGGCCGAGGAUGCUGCGUUCGGCCAGAAGUACGUCGAGUUCGGCUCCACUGGCAAGAAGCCCGUCGCGUCUACGUCCUCCCCAAGGUUCUCGACGAACAGGUUGCUCUGUGCCACCUUGAGCACGUCAACGCCGAGCUCUCCAAGCUCACCCCUGUCCAGGCUGAGUACCUUGGCCUCCCUACCGAGGGUCCUUACAAGGCCGACCACUACCGCUACUAAACUCCUCCUUUCCGUUUGUUGAUGAUUGGUAUACCCUAACCUAGAUUCUUUUCAACAUAUCACGAUGUUACGAAUAACAUAGAGUUCCAUUUAACUUGGGCUCAAAAGUAUUUUGUCUUCAACGGCAAUAAAAGUGGCAUAUAUGGGGGUUAUUACGGAUAGUGUUUAUGGGUCGGCUUGCCUAUGUUGCAUUCAACAGUGCGUACUAAUGGGUCAUGUCUUAAUGUUCACAAUACGUUUGGCGAUUAGAAGAGAGCCAGACCGAGGCGUGCUAUAGAGCAUUUAAAUAAUAAAAAAAUUGCC